CAAAGAACACCUGUACUCACGAGACCAUAUUCAUGGGAUAAGGCCUGCACCAAUGGGAAACAUAUCUUCCAUGGCCAGGGCCUCAACGGCGCUGGAUUCUUACGUUGCCGAACUUGGCAAUGACAUCUCAUACGAUAAGAGUUUGUCGUCCUCACGGUUCCUCAAAACCAUCUUGGCUCGCCACAGUUUCGGCCCAAUCGUCCUCAAGAUAUUCAUUAAACCCGAUGCAGCCAUGUCACUUCGGGUCAUACAGCGAAGAUUGAAGUUGGAGAGGGAUAUUCUUUCAGAACUUGCGAAUGUGAAUACAUACCAGACGUUUGUGGAGACGGAGAAGGCCGGGUAUCUUAUCAGGCAAUGGAUAGGAUCGAACUUGUAUGACCGUGUCAGUCAACAGCCAUAUCUUGCCAAUAUAGAGAAGAAGUGGAUCGCCUUCCAAAUUCUAACCACCCUUCGAGAUGCCCGCAAUCGCAAGGUUGCUCACGGCGACAUCAAGUCUGAAAACAUACUUCUCACUUCCUCCCUCUCUGUCCUUCUAACAGACUUUUCAUCCUCCUUCAAACCAACAUACCUUCCACUCGACGACCCCUCCGACUUUUCAUUUUUCUUCGAUACUUCUGGACGACGCACAUGCUAUAUCGCACCCGAACGAUUUUACGCCUCUGACUCCAAAGUGGCUGAUCGGAAAAGGGCAUCCGAGAGUGAAGGUGGGGAAUGGUUUGGGAGGAGGGAUGGGAAGAUUACAGAGGAAAUGGAUGUCUUUAGUACUGGGUGUGUGUUGGCAGAAAUGUGGGCCGAUGGGCGGACUGUGUUUAAUCUCAGUGAGCUGUAUGCGUAUCGCGAGGGCGCUUUAAGUUUGAAUGGGAUGUUGGAAAAUAUCCAUGAUGUCGACGUUCGAGAAAUGAUUGCCCAAAUGCUAUCAAGAGAACCUUCCAAACGACCUUCGUUCGACCAUAUCCUUUCAAAGUACCGCGAAACCAUCUUUCCCGAGUAUUUUUACACUUUCCUACAAGAUUAUAUUAACUCACUCAACGAAAAGGCGGAAGCUUCGAGUUUUAGGGAUGAUGUCGAAGGGGGAUUCUUGCAACACUCAGCAGGACAAAGUGGUGCCAAGAUUGACAGGUUACUGGAUGAAUGGGAAGGGAUUGCCACUUACCUCGGUGAAGGUCCAACUGAUAACGCUCCGGCACUACUCAUCCUGAACGUGAUCACCUCUUCUGUUCGACACUGUCUAUUCCCCUCCUCUCGCCUACACGCCCUCCGCCUAUUCCUAAACCUCCUCCCCUACCUCCUUGACGAAGACAAAAUCGACCGUAUUAUACCCUAUAUCGUCGAGCUCCUCUCCGAUGAUAUGCCGCAUGUCCGCGCCGAAGCGUGCAGGACCCUGAUUCAGGUCGUCGAGAGCGUCACCUCGGUGACCCCACAGAACGCGACAUUCAUUCCAGAGUAUCUUUUACCACAGAUGAAACAUUUGACGACAGACAGUGAUAUCUUCGUAAGGAUUACGUAUGCGCAGGCUUUGGUCAAGUUGGCGAAUGCGGCGAUGACAAUGUUGGAAAUGAGUCAAGCUGCGAAAGAUGGUGCGUCAGUUCAUGGGACCGAGUCUUCUGGGAUUGUCGAGCCCGACUACGAUGUGAUGGUUCAAGAGAUUCAAGCCGCCGUCGAAGAACAAGCUACAACCCUCCUCGUCGACCCUGCGUCCGCUGUCAAGCGCGGAAUCCUCUCCUCCAUCUCUGAUCUAUGCCUGUUUUUCGGUCGUCAAAAGUCAAAUGAAAUCGUGCUCAGCCACAUUAUGACUUACUUGAACGAUAAAGAUUGGAUGCUCCGGCUGGCGUUCUUUGAUAGCAUCGUCGGUGUGGGGGCGUUUAUAGGUUUAAGAGCUGUAGAGGAAUACGUCCUUCCACUCAUGUUUCAAGCGUUAGCGGACUCUGAAGAAGCUGUAGUGGCGAGGGUGAUUGGCUCGCUGACAAGCCUCGCAACUCUCGGCUUACUCGCACGUAUGCGACUAUGGGAUACUUUUUUCGCUGUGAAAGGAUUCAUGUUUCAUCCAAAUGUAUGGAUUCGCCAAGGCGCGGUGGGUCUCAUCGCAGCUGUAGCAAAAAACCUCCCGUCUUCAGAUGUAUGGUGUAUCCUCUACCCUGCGAUUAGGCCCAUGCUUCACUCGGAUGUCAAGGAGAUGGAAGAAGCGGCACUAAUGUCGGCUCUCUUGCCUCCUCUGGCGAGAAGCACUUUGAUAGCUGCAAGGGUUGCAGCGUUGCAAAACACUCCACCUGGCUUUUGGGAUAUCCCCCCCGCAACGUCAUCAACCAAGGUUGAUCUUAUCAAGUCUCAGAAGUUGGCACAAAAUAAUCCACAUCGGCUGAGAGAUAGCGGUAUCUCUGCAUUGGAUGAGAAAAAGAUCGAGGCAAUGAAGGAACAUAUUGUUAAACAAGCACAUGCUAUCAAAGCGCGGGAAGCGACCGAUCAGAACCUUCCGCCGGAGGCAUCACUUGUCAAUUCUAAAUCUGUCUCUCUGACCGACUUGGGUGUGACGCCUCAAACUAUCUUCAUCAGUCCCCGUACGAUCGGCGUCGAUGCCGCUAAAGUCGAACUCCGACGUUUCCGUCCAGGCCUUGAACCUGAAAGUCGUCGAACGUCGUUUACUACUAAUCGAAGCCUUCGUGGUCCUGUCGAUAGCCCCUUGGACGAGAUUCGCAGGAAACUCGCUGCACUUGAACCGCUCUCAAGACCUGAAACACCUGUCGCAAAGGAAAAAGCGACAACAACGCCGACGACUACAAGUCAUACUAGUCAGCCAUCUGUGGAUACAGGUGCCAGCCCGUCAGAGUCCAACCUGCCGUCGACACUGGAUAUCACUGCCAUGACAAGAUCUGGGAAGAAGAAAAAGGUGGAUUCAAAAGCUGCUCCAGCAGUGGGAGCAUCGCAUACCAAUGCGGUUGGCACUACCACAAUACAUGACGAGCCGAUCUCGGGUAGAACAACGCCCAUUGCUGCCGCUCUCAGUCAAAUCACCCUCAGCGGAGCCAACACGCCUAAGGGACAGCCUGCGGCACCGUAUACGAGCUCUUAUGAAGGGCAUGAUCCGGGAGUGAGAGCUUUCCUCGAGCAGGUUGAUUUAGAUAACUACCGAGAACCUCUCCUUGACUUUGGUCCUCGAGUGGGAGCGAACCAUCGUAAACGAAAUCCGCGAGUCAACAAGGCGUCGUCUUCCUCUUCAGCUUCAACGUCAUCGUCGCCAACUAACGUGACCAUGAUUGCCCACUUGACUCACCAUGAAGGGGCGAUCACAGGUCUUAUCACCUCGCCAGAUAGUGUCUUUUUCGCUUCAUCUUCGGAAGAUGGUCAGGUAUUGAUCUGGGAUGCAGCCCGUCUGGAGAGAAGUGUUACUGCAAAACCCCGCCUGGUAUACAAAAUGGAAGCACCGAUAGUGUCCAUGUGUGGGAUCGAGAAUACACAUUGCCUGGCCGUGGCGAGUGACGAUGGUCAGGUACAUGUUUUGCGAGUACAUACAGGCGGAGGUAGUGGAGGGAGUAGUACGAGGUAUUCAAAGGUGGAGUGUAUCAGGACUUGGAACACCGAGGAGUCUGAUGGUCAUGUACGGUUUGUCUCGCAUAUACAAGACUCGACACUGCUUUUACUCACAUCGAUGUCUGUCAUUGCUACUCUUGAUAUCCGAAGCAUGGAAAUCAAACAACGUUUCCAGCAUCCACCAGAGCUAGGCAUCAUCACCGCUUACUGCCUAUCGACCCACUGGCUCGUACUCGGUACUUCCAUUGGGGCGUUGAGUCUUUGGGAUCUGCGUUUUGGAUUACUUCUCAAGUCUUGGAAAGCCGGCGGAGGUGUUACCAGCUGUCGCAUCCACCCGUCAAGGGGUCGUGGCCGAUGGAUCAUGGUUUCGGUAUCGCCUACGUGGCCAUAUGCUCUUCUGGGUCCUUCGACUGAUAAGUCAGAGGAGCCUCAGCCUUCGAAACCUAUCGUGGAGGUAUAUGAUAUCGAAAGCUCUAAAUUGGUAGAAGUGUACGAAAUAAGGAGUCGUAGAUCUAGUAAACCCUCCGAGAUUGUUCCCGAACCUAUAGAGAUCAUUCCCAACAAGGCCGCUCUUAUCGCAGAACUCGCUCGCUCGACGCCCUCUUUACCUUCGCAUAUCCCAACUGAUGACUUUGACGCGACCAAUCCUUUGCCCACGCCGCCCAGUGCCGUACUUGAUCUUAUGGUCGGACAGGGAUGGACUAAUUUGGGAAGACCGGAAGAGUCUAUAUUGAUGUCGGUACCGGAGCUAAGGUCUUCUGACAAGAAUGGUGAGGGACAAAGUGGGCCCGGAUGGAUGAUUACUGCUGGAGAGGACAGGAUAGUGAGAUACUGGGAUCUAGUAAAAGCUCAAGAUGGCUUCGUGGUCUGCGGAUCUCAGAAAGAGAAGGACGUCAGUUUCCGUCGAAUGCCCGAAGGUUCAUCACCAAGCAUGUUUUACACUCUUCCAAAUGUCCAUCGUCAAGGGCAAGGACCUACUCGGGAUAAGGAACGACAACCUCUCCAACCCCACUAUGACGCGAUAUGUAAACUUGGCUCGUUAGAAACCCCCUUCUCAAGCUGCAUUAUAAGUGCUGAUAGAAGUGGUAUUAUAAAAGUAUGGAGAAUGGAAGGGAUGGCUGGUCCCUUGCGUUAGAUGAGUUCUUUGUAAGACUAGACUUCGUCGUCUGUUGUGUACAGCAAUAUCGCUCAUACCUUGCAUGGGAUACCCUACGUAUAUGUUGUUUUGUUUAGACUGUAACCUUUUGGUAAGAGGGAUAUGCAUGCACGUUGGUGCAUUGUGGAAC